GGUCUAUAGCUCUUUCCGGGAUAUCAGAAUUUCAGUAGAAUUUUAUGUUUAAACGAUUCUUUCAUAAGCUAUAUUUAUUUAUGUACACAUGUUUCUGUUGCAAGUGUGAUCAUAUCAUCAUAACAGUUCUUGAUCAUAAAAGAUUAAGGGAAUGAAAUUUGAAGAUGGUGGCAGAAAGAAUGUUUUGGUGGGAGUUGGAUUGGAUGAACAUGCCAAGGAGUUGCUGGAUUGGGCUAUUCUGAAAGUUGCAGGUGAAGGGGAUUGUGUCACUGCACUUCAUGUUUGUAAAGAUUCCGAUUUAGAGAAGAAAAAGUGUUUGGAUGUGUAUUUGAAUGAUUAUGGAGGACUGUGUGAGAAAAAGAAGAUUGAUCUCACCGGAGUAGUCUUGAAAGGAAGUUCAAUCAGAAAAGGUCUGGUCAGGGAAGCGAAAAAACUAGCUGCCAUGACUUUAAUUGUGGGGAUCAGUAAGCCUCAUGCUAUUGGGAGCAGGACUUGUUUUGCUAAGUACUGUGCUAGGAAACUGCCCCUGACUACUGAAGUGGUGGCAAUCCACAAUGGGAAAAUUAUCUUUAGAAGGUUCUCGACUAGCAAAAGAACUGGUUUUGGGGAUCCUAGGCCAAGUUUCGGUUCCAGUGGAACCCCGUCUUGUAAGGAUUCAGGAUUUGGAUUUGAUGAAUCGGAGACACCUGAUACGAUAAAGAGUGGUUGGACAAAAGAUGAGCAACUGUGCUCGUUUGACAUGCAUGAGAAAUCAACGAGUUCGGUUUCUGUUUCAUCAGACUCUCUCCAGCAGUUGCCUGGUUGGCCUCUACUUAGAGCAGUUAGCAAAGUAAGUCCCCCAAUACAUGAAACCAGAGAAAUGUCAGUGGUGCAGUGGGUCAUGAACUUACCAAGCAGGUCAUCACCGGGAACUCCAGGAUCCAGCUCAAGUUUGGAUUCAACAAGUUCAGAAAUUUUUCUUGGAAAACAGAGCAAUAACUCGGCAAAUAAAGACCAAACUGAUGUUACUUCUAAGGGUAUUUAUGAACUGCCCGAAGCUAUAGAGAUUCUUAAAACAAAUUCAUCUGGCUGCAAAUGGCUCAGCUAUGAAGUUCUAGAAACUUCUACUUCUCAAUAUUCAUCAGAUCGUAUAAUAGGUAAAGGCGGGAGCAAUUCUGUAUACAGAGGGAUUUUACCAGAAGGCAAGACGGUGGCAGUAAAGCUUUUGAAGUCAUCUAGAGAAGCAUGGAAGGACUUCUGCCAAGAAGUGGACAUUAUGACCUCCUUAAGCCACAAAAACAUCACACCUCUGCUUGGAGUCUGUGUUGAAGAAAAUAAUCUAAUCUCCGUUUAUGAUUACAUGGCUCGAGGGAAUUUAGAGGACAAUCUUCACAGAAGUAACCUAAAUGAGUCGGUGUUAUCAUGCGAAGUGAGGUACAAUAUAGCUGUUGGGAUAGCAGAAGCUCUGAACUAUAUACACAACGAAUGUCCGCUGCCUGUCAUUCAUAGAGAUGUCAAGUCUUCAAACAUUCUUCUCACCGAAGAUCACAAACCACUGUUAUCUGACUUUGGGCUGGCAGUAUGGGGGCCGACAAACUCCUCUUUCCUAACUCACACUGAUGUAUUAGGAACUUUCGGUUAUCUUGCUCCAGAGUAUUUCAUGUAUGGCAAAGUCAGUGACAAACUUGAUGUGUUCUCUUUUGGUGUGGUUCUCCUUGAACUGAUAUCAGGAAAAAGAGCAAUAGGUUUCGAAUCACCUAAGAGUCCAGACAGCUUGGUGAUGUGGGCAAAACCAAUAUUAGAGAGUGGAGAUGUAAUCAGUAUUCUGGAUCCACAUUUGGGCAAAAACUUCAAUAAGGAUCAAGUUGAGAUGAUGUUACUUGCUGCAAUUCUUUGUCUUACAAGAUCAGCUCGGCUUAGACCUAAAAUGAAUCAGAUACUCAAGAUACUAAGAGGGGAGAAAGAUGCGGAGGACGAGAGUGAAGAUCCAAAUGAAUCCGGUAACCAAUCAAGCAAUGAUGACGAAGUUUAUCCAGAAUCAGUUGCAGACUCUCAUUUUAGUCUUGCAAUUCUUGAUCUCGAAGAUCCAGAACAAAACACCAUGCAUUCCUUAAAUGAUUACUUGAAAGGAACAUGCAACUAGUCAUUAAGCUAUGUAAGCUUUGAGCUCUUGUACAGCUGAGGGAAAGCAUUGCAUUUGCACCCAAAUAUCUUGAGGUGGUCGGUGAACUUGAUAAUUGUCAUCAGUAUUAUUUCACACACAAAGAUGGCUCAAAUCUUUUUGCCUGGAUAUUUAAUAAAAAGUGAAAUUUUGAGUCAGCAUAAA